AUGAGUUUGCGCACAGAAUUGUUCUUCUUCUAUAAUUCACCACGACAACAUCUCCCAUGGACUUCCAGUAGUUCACCCCGGUUGAAUAACACACCACGUGUGGAUUAUUCAGGCUACGAUGAAACCCAACCGGAUCCCGGCAAUCAGAGCGACUUGGGUGCAGGAAAUGAGGGACCGACCACUUUGCCUCGACCGGUAGAAACACUCGAACUGAACGCACCGAUUGUGCACUCCAGCGUGCCAAAGUGUCCGGCACCGCCAAAGCGUGGUCUCUCACUGUUGGGACGUCAACAACAGGAACGCUAUUUUCGAUGGAUGAAUGUGAGUAAGCACAUUUUGUCCCAACUGGGUGAUCGAAUGCACACGAGUGAUCGGUUAUCACGCGUUCGCCGACCACGCUUUUUGGAUUAUCAGUUGGAUGCGACUUGGGAAGAGUUGAUUGAAGACACGUGUCUUGAUCCACGGGAUUGGCAAACGCCCGGUUUGAGAAACGCCUAUGAAACUUGGCUCCAGGUAUGCACUGAAACAAUUAAUACAACACGCAUGCGUACACGUACACACUCACCAGGCACGUUUUGUACACGGUCUCUCAAACAUGACAUAUCGCAAUAUACCGUAGACUACCUUCGAAUCCGUUUUAAAAGAAUGCUUGCAUCUUAG